AUGUUACGUGCCAAAUUCCCAACCAAGCACCAUUUCACUAUUUCCAUCUUCGGAUGUCAGUACCACGCACAGGCGCCUAAUGCACAAAAGGCCGACCUAGUUCAAAAGUUUGAUGUUCUCGUCAGGCAGCAAGCCAUCGCUGUCGAAGAACUAGAACAGAAUGACAUUCCCUCAAAGAUCUGGAUGAGCUACUGGGAAUCGCCACAGACCUUCAAGUCAUGGUGGGAGAGCGCAGAUGUCAAGUCAUUCUGGAACGAUUUAUCCGAUGACGCCGGCUUCUGGCGGGAGACGGUCAGCCUUCCCGCCACGCGCUCCAUGUUCGAGACGAACAAGGAUGAGCCCGUCGGAUUCGGUCACUGUGGAAAGCUCAUACCUUUAACGGCGAAACAUGGAUACUGGGGUUCCUAUCGGUCUCGCAUGACACCUAAUACUCCGGAAGACAAGUUCUCGUCCCCCCUAGAUGCAUUGCCCGAUCCCGGGCCUCAUAAAGGGCAGGUCAGAAACGGCAGAAUCAGAAUGCCUAACUUCCCGGACAACAUCUGCUUCGUCGUGGAGGGCCAGGACUACAGCGCCAUGUCCGAGAGGGAGCGCGACUACUGGGACGACAACUUCGAUGCUCUGGCCAAGCAGUGGGUCACCAACGUGGUGACCGCCGGAACAUCGAAGGGUAUGGUGUCUGCAAGGGCCUGUCAUGCUUUUGCGGGCAACAAGCAGCCCGAUGGCACUCUGCGGACAGCCAAGACUGGUGUCGAGGGUAAGCACGUCAGCCCACAUGACAUGACGAAUGGUCCGUCGAUUUUCCCUGGCUUGGAUUACAUCCGUCAGGCACAGAUUCUCUUCUGGCUUGAUAUGUCCUACAUGGAGCAUCUGGGCAGAUACGACAAGGUCCACGUCAAAUUGAGACGCGAUUUCAUGACGGCUUAUAGUCCAGGUGGCGACAUGGAAGGUGGUGACUUAAUGCUUUGGGUUGAUGUAGGUAUACUCAAGGCCGAUGAGAUCGACGCUGAGUAUGUUGGCUGUUACGAGGGUACUGGCUUUAUGGCAUAUGAAAACCACCCUCAAUUCCAAAGCAAGGUCAUGCCAAGCUCGGUAUUGCCCUCCUUCUUUGAUAGGCCUUUCGAGUCUCAACCUAUUGAGUGGUGA